AUGCAGUUCACCGCUAAAGCUCUGGCUAUCUUUGCCGCUUCCCUGGUUGCAUUGACUGCCUCCGCUCACCCCAGCUGUGAGACCGGAGCCAGAUGGCCUGACCAGCGCGAUUGCCAUAACUUCUACGAGUGCGCUGCUGGUGGAGUUCCGGUCCGCAAGACCUGUGGACCUGGAACGGCAUACGACUCUCGGUUCAGCAUUUGUGAUUAUGAGCACAAGGUUCCGUCCUGCCAUGGACAUGGCCCUGUCGGCCACAACGAGCCACACGGUCAUGGUGAAGUGAAGGGCCACAACAACGGCGAGCAAGAGCACGGUGAGAGCAAGGAUCAGGGUAAGGGAAGGCAGGAGCAGGGCAAGGGAAAGCAGGAGGAGGGUCAUGGGAAGGAGCAGGGAAAUGGCGAGCAAGAGCACGGUGAGGAAAAUGGCCAAGGCAAGGGCCAGCAGGAGAACGGUGAAGGGAAUCAUUAG